AGCAGUCGUCCACUCUUUCAUUCACGACCACCAUCAUGACGGUCACGACAGAAAAUUCCUACCUGACGGGUGCAAAGGGGAGGAAUACAAGGGGGCUUCUUCGACUGGUCAUUCUUUGUACAAUUGCGGCAGCAGCUGUUUCCAGUCGGCUGUUCUCUGUUAUAAGAUUCGAAAGCAUAAUUCACGAAUUCGAUCCUUGGUUUAACUUCAGAGCAACGAAGUACCUGGUUGCUAAUGGAUUCUACGACUUUUGGGAUUGGUUUGAUGACCGGACGUGGCAUCCACUUGGCAGAGUCACUGGAGGGACGUUGUAUCCCGGCCUCAUGGUGACCAGUGGAGCUAUCUACCACACACUAAAGGCAUUGACACUUCCAGUCGACAUCCGAAACAUCUGUGUCCUUCUCGCACCGGGAUUCUCAGGCCUGACGGCAUUUGCGACUUACCUCUUCACAAAUGAGAUGUCCUCGACCCCCUCCGCGGGACUUCUCGCCUCCAUCUUCAUGGGCAUUGCCCCUGGCUAUAUUUCUCGUUCAGUUGCAGGCAGCUACGACAAUGAGGCUAUCGCCAUUUUCCUUCUCGUAUUUACGUUCUACUUGUGGAUCAAAGCUAUCAAGCUCGGAUCAGCCUUCUGGGGCGCCCUUUGCGCCUUGUUCUACGGCUACAUGGUCUCUGCGUGGGGAGGAUACGUCUUCAUCACGAAUUUGAUUCCUCUCCAUGUAUUUGUUCUUGUCUGCAUGGGACGAUUCAGCUCAAGAGUUUACGUGAGCUACUGCACAUGGUACGCUCUGGGCACGUUGGCAAGCAUGCAAAUCCCCUUUGUUGGAUUCUUGCCAAUUCGCAGCAGCGAGCACAUGUCCGCACUUGGUGUCUUUGGUCUCCUCCAGCUUAUUGGAUUUGUUGAGUUCGUCCGAGCCGGCGUUCCCAGCAAGCAGUUCCAGACCCUACUGAGAGGAUUUGUGGUUUUGGUGUUUUCCGUCGCCCUCGGAGGCCUAGUAUUGUUGACCGUUUCUGGCGUAAUUGCUCCCUGGACCGGGCGUUUCUACUCUCUGUGGGAUACUGGCUACGCCAAGAUCCAUAUCCCAAUCAUUGCAUCCGUUUCCGAGCACCAGCCGACCGCAUGGCCUGCGUUCUUCUUCGACUUGAACCUUCUCAUUUGGCUGUUCCCGGCAGGUGUCUACUUGUGCUUCCUGAAGCUGACUGAUGAGCAAGUGUUUGUUGUCGUCUACUCCAUCCUGGCAAGCUACUUCUCUGGAGUCAUGGUCAGACUGAUGCUCACAUUGACCCCUAUUGUCUGUGUGACCGCAGCUAUGGUCCUGUCCACCAUUCUGGAGACUUACCUGUCAAUGAAGUCCCCCAAGUCGGAUGCCGAGUUUGUCGCGACUGAGGCAGCGGCCACCAAGAAUGCCCCAGCCAAGGGUGGGCUGCGUAGCAUGAGGAACCCCCUUGUGGGUAUUUAUACCGUGGUGUCGAAGUCAACCGUGGUGGGCGCUAUGACGCUGUACCUUUUGGUCUUCGUCCUCCACUGCACAUGGGUCACAUCCAAUGCCUACUCUUCUCCAUCCGUUGUUCUCGCCAGCAAAUUGCCAGAUGGAAGCCAGCAUAUCAUUGAUGAUUACCGUGAGGCAUACCAGUGGCUGCGCCAGAACACCAAGGAGGAUGCGAAGAUCAUGUCAUGGUGGGAUUACGGCUACCAAAUUGGUGGCAUGGCCGACAGACCAACUCUUGUCGACAACAACACCUGGAACAACACUCACAUUGCUACCGUCGGUAAGGCCAUGAGCUCUAGCGAAGAGGUCAGCUACCCAAUCAUGAGGCAACACGAGGUGGAUUACGUUCUUGUUGUCUUCGGUGGUCUCCUGGGCUACUCCGGAGAUGACAUCAACAAGUUCCUGUGGAUGGUCAGGAUUGCCGAGGGCAUCUGGCCUGAGGAGGUCAAGGAGCGUGACUUCUUCACCCCAAGAGGCGAGUACAAGAUUGACCACGAGGCCACCGACACCAUGAAGAACAGCUUGAUGUACAAGAUGUCUUACUACAACUACAACGGCCUCUUCCCACCUGGUCAAGCCCAGGACCGCGUUCGUGGCGCCAGGCUCCCAGAUGUCGGACCAGUCCUGAACUCGAUCGAGGAGGCAUACACCAGUGAGAACUGGAUCAUUAGGAUCUACAAGGUCAAGGACCUUGACAAUGUCGGCCGAGAGCAUGGAGCAGCUGCGUCAUUUGAGCGGGGGAACAAGAAGAAGAAGGCCGCGAAGAAGAGAGGGCCGAAGGUUCUAAGGGUAGAGUAGAAUAGAAUAGAACCAAGGAAGCGGCUGGUGUUUUGUGGCUAUAAAAUGUACAUUAAUGUACAUUAAGGUCUGUAAUGUUAACGGGCUAUUAACUUGAAAUGACUUUGUUGUAAUUUAUUAGUGACGGA